ACUUACUUCCCAGCUGUGCCAAACACAGUUGCAAUAUUUACUUUGCGUUCAGCGUUCGAUUACGUUGACCUUUAACCUCUUAAACACUAACUAUACGCUAUGCAUAUUCUGGUAGCAGUCCUUGUUUUGGUCGUAGUUGCUGUGCCGGAGAUUUCCGCCGGUUUCCGUGAGGAUGGUGACUACGGUUGGUCGAAUUUUGACAAUGCAUUCGGCCAGCUUGCUCCACGAGUUGCCGUUUACGAUUACCCUGUUUAUCGUCCUUUCUGGGGGCGCAACCGUCUGUAUGCCGGUAGCCGACGAAGCAAUUCCGCCGCAGCUGCAAAUGGUGAUGCACAAGUGGACUAUGGAACAGUGGAUUCGGAUAACACCGUUCUGACCAGCCGCGGAGUCGGCUUCGCAAGUGGCCGUAGUAGUGGACGCGGAUACGGGGCUCGCAUCUCAUCUUCCGCUGCUUCGAGCACUGAUAACAACAAGGACUAUGGUGCUAUCUCCUGGUUUUGAGCGGCAGUUACGGUUUUGGGCUGCUUAAUUUCUCUAAUAAUGUUAUAACCCACUAAUGCGGCACUAAUUGUGCAAAAAAACUAGCAUUUCCCUGUCAGGGAACUAUUGAAGAUACUUGUGUUUGACGCAGUUCAGGAAUAACAAAUUCUUAGCUUGUACAUUAUGACGUGAUUAUUGCAAUAAAGAGACUGCUUUG